CUCAUUCCCGCCCUUCACCACCCCUUGGCCUCCUCCCACUUUCCUUUUGGUCCUCUUCUGUUACAGAAGUUCUGAUUUUUCCUAGAGUGCUAGAGGAAAGUGAUUUACCCUCAAGGAAAUUUGGGAUUCAGGAAGUUGGGAGCUCAUAUGAACAUGGCGAACCUACUGAAAACCGUGGUGACUGGCUGUUCGUGUCCUUUACGUAGCAAUUUGGGGUCCUGUAAGAUUAUACCCGGGAAGAAGGAUUUUUUACGAACAUUUCAUACUCAUCAGGCACUGUGGUGUAAAGCCCCUGCCAAACCAGGAAUCCCAUAUAAGCAACUGACUGUUGGCGUCCCCAAGGAGAUUUUCCAAAAUGAGAAACGGGUGGCAUUGUCUCCUGCUGGUGUUCAGGCCUUGGUCAAGCAGGGUUUUAGUGUUGUCGUGGAAUCGGGUGCUGGCGAAGCUUCCAAGUUUUCUGAUGAUCACUACAGAGCAGCAGGUGCCCAGAUCCAAGGGGCGAAGGAAGUGCUGGCUUCUGAUUUGGUGGUCAAAGUGCGAGCUCCCAUGGUUAAUCCAACAUUAGGUGUUCAUGAGGCCGACCUUUUAAAGACAUCGGGAACAUUGAUUAGCUUUAUUUACCCAGCCCAAAAUCCAGACUUGCUAAAUAAACUUUCUAAAAGAAAAACUACAGUUUUGGCGAUGGACCAGGUUCCAAGAGUCACGAUUGCUCAGGGAUAUGAUGCGCUAAGCUCCAUGGCCAACAUUGCUGGCUACAAAGCUGUUGUACUAGCAGCAAAUCAUUUUGGACGGUUUUUUACUGGUCAGAUCACAGCUGCUGGAAAAGUUCCUCCAGCUAAGAUUCUGAUAGUUGGUGGUGGUGUUGCUGGGCUGGCUUCUGCAGGUGCAGCGAAGUCUAUGGGUGCUAUUGUUCGAGGAUUUGACACCAGAGCUGCAGCUUUGGAGCAGUUCAAGUCUCUUGGUGCUGAGCCCUUGGAGGUGGACUUGAAGGAAUCUGGUGAAGGACAAGGAGGAUAUGCGAAAGAGAUGUCCAAAGAGUUCAUCGAAGCUGAAAUGAAGCUCUUUGCUCAACAGUGCAAGGAGGUGGAUAUCCUCAUCAGCACAGCCCUUAUUCCAGGUAAAAAAGCCCCAGUUUUAUUUAGUAAAGAAAUGAUUGAGUCAAUGAAGGAAGGUUCAGUUGUUGUGGAUUUAGCUGCUGAGGCUGGCGGAAACUGAACCACGAAGCCAGGAGAACUUUACGUUCACAAGGGAGUUACUCACAUCGGCUACACAGACCUUCCCAGCCGAAUGGCCACUCAGGCCAGCACCCUCUAUUCCAACAACAUCACCAAGCUCCUGAAGGCCAUCAGCCCUGACAAAGAUAACUUUUAUUUUGAAGUGAAAGACGACUUUGACUUUGGUACAAUGGGUCAUGUCAUUAGAGGAACUGUAGUGAUGAAGGAUGGAGAAGUGAUUUUCCCCGCUCCCACCCCGAAAAAUAUUCCUCAAGGUGCCCCAGUAAAACCGAAGACAGUGGCUGAGCUGGAAGCUGAAAAAGCAGCUACGGUCACGCCCUUGAGGAAGACCAUGACUACGGCUUCUGCGUAUACAGCAGGUCUCACUGGAUUCUGGUUUGGGCCUUGCGGCGCCCAAUUUAGCCUUUCCCAGAUGGUGACCACUUUUGGCUUGGCCGGCAUCGUGGGCUACCACACUGUCUGGGGAGUGACCCCUGCUCUCCACUCACCACUGAUGUCUGUGACUAAUGCAAUCUCAGGGUUGACUGCAGUUGGUGGGUUGGCACUGAUGGGAGGACAUUUGUAUCCUUCAACUUCUCAGGGCCUUGCUGCUCUUGCUACGUUUAUUUCCUCAGUCAACAUUGCAGGUGGCUUUCUGGUGACCCAGAGAAUGCUGGUGUUCAAGCGUCCCACGGACCCCCCAGAAUACAACUACCUAUAUCUGCUCCCUGCUGGCACCUUUGUUGGAGGAUAUUUAGCAGCUCUCUACAGUGGCUAUAACAUUGAACAAAUCAUGUAUCUGGGCUCAGGUCUGUGCUGUGUUGGUGCCCUGGCCGGCCUUUCCACCCAGGGAACAGCUCGUCUUGGCAAUGCAUUGGGCAUGAUUGGGGUGGCUGGAGGCCUGGCAGCCACUCUCGGAGGACUAAACCCAUCCCCAGAAUUGUUAGCCCAGAUGUCUGGAGCAAUGGCUUGGGGCGGUACCAUUGGUAAGCACUUGGCAGGUGACUGACCAAUUGCCAAACGCAUCCAGAUUUCUGAUUUACCUCAGUUAGUUGCUGCUUUCCACAGUUGUGGGCUGGCAGCGGUGCUUACUUGCAUCGCUGAGUACAUUGUAGAAUACCCACAUUUUGCUGUGGACGCAGCAGCAAAUCUCACCAAGAUCGUGGCCUACCUCGGUACUUACAUCGGAGGCGUCACGUUCAGUGGCUCUCUUGUUGCCUAUGGAAAACUGCAGGGUAUCCUGAAAUCUGCCCCUCUCCUGCUUCCUGGAAGGCACUUACUUAAUGCAGGCCUGCUGGCUGCUAGUGUGGGUGGAAUCGUCCCAUUCAUGAUGGACCCUAGCUUUACCAGCAUCACCUGUCUGGGCUCUGUGUCGGCUCUCUCUGCUGUCAUGGGUGUGACUUUGACAGCUGCUAUCGGGGGUGCAGACAUGCCCGUCGUCAUCACCGUCCUGAACAGCUACUCAGGCUGGGCCCUGUGUGCGGAGGGCUUCCUGCUCAACAACAACCUGCUGACCAUCGUGGGCGCACUCAUAGGCUCCUCUGGUGCCAUCCUGUCCUACAUCAUGUGUGUGGCAAUGAAUCGCUCCCUGGCUAAUGUGAUUCUUGGAGGCUAUGGUACCACUUCAACAGCUGGUGGAAAACCCAUGGAAAUUUCUGGCACACAUACAGAAAUCAACCUUGACAAUGCAAUUGACAUGAUUCGUGAAGCUAAUAGCAUUAUUACUCCAGGCUAUGGUCUCUGUGCAGCCAAAGCGCAGUACCCCAUCGCAGACUUGGUGAAGAUGCUCGCUGAACAGGGCAAGAAAGUCAGGUUUGGAAUUCACCCAGUUGCAGGCCGGAUGCCUGGUCAGCUUAAUGUGCUGCUGGCUGAGGCUGGGGUGCCAUAUGAUAUUGUGCUGGAAAUGGAUGAGAUCAACCAUGAUUUCCCAGACACCGAUUUGGUCCUUGUAAUUGGAGCUAAUGACACUGUUAAUUCAGCAGCUCAGGAAGACCCCAACUCUAUUAUUGCAGGCAUGCCAGUCCUCGAGGUCUGGAAAUCAAAGCAGGUCAUUGUUAUGAAGAGGUCUCUGGGUGUUGGCUAUGCUGCAGUGGACAAUCCAAUCUUCUACAAACCCAACACGGCCAUGCUUCUAGGCGAUGCCAAGAAGACGUGUGAUGCGCUGCAGGCAAAAGUGAGAGAAUCCUACCAGAAGUAAAUUUUCAAGACCAAGCUGUUGUCCGAUAAAGCCACCUCUUCUGUUGUGGGAACAGGCAAAUAAAGUAUCACUCUAUACAGCUGAUAGACAUCUGUAGCAAAGCUCUUGGAAGAGAAGGAAGACUGAAGAAUGCAAAGCAAACAGGGAUAUUUUUCAAGAUCCCUUGAUUUUUUUUUAAAAGAUUGAAAAUUCUGAAUGUCCUUCUGUGCAUAUUUUUUGUGUUAUGAAUUCCAAAAGUAUUUUAUAAAAGGAGAAAGAACAGCCUCAUUUUAGAUGUAAUCCAUUUGGAUUUUUUUAUUCUUCCUCAAUGGUCAACAAUAUUUUAAGAGAUUAAGUUUUUAGGAUCUUAGGACUUAUAUACAUGGAUCUGAACACUCUGACCUUGUAAACAUUACAGGUACCUUCGUUUAUGUUUUUUCAACAAAGAUUACUAAUUUGAGACUUGUGUCAACUCCUGAGCUAUCCUCUUACCAUUUAACCAUGAUCUGAAUUAACCAUAUCAAAUUGGCUUCAACUUUUCAAACUGUACUACCAAUUCUAGAUUUCAGGGAUGUAUUUUCUCACUUCUAUUUUAAUACCUUAAGGGACUAGGUAAUCUUUCAGAGAUGCUGGAAACAAUGACAUCAUUUGCUUUGUAUGUUUCAUCAGGACACCAGUGAAACAUAUAAUUUGAAAUCAGUAUUGUAUUCUUAAGAAUCCCAUUUCCAAUCAGAGGUGUUUUUAAUUUCAAUCAAUUUAUAAAGUGUAUUACUGUAUUAAGUGCACUUGAAUGGAAUUCAGCUAUUUGACUAAUAAAUUGAGUUCAUCAUGUUUGCGUAGA